AUGAAUAGCUUCAAAAACGAAUUUGAUCAUGCUACGAAAAUUGUACCAACUGGUACCAGUGCAAGAGUUUUCGUACAGGCUCCCGCGGAGAAAGGUGUUGCAGCUUUUGCAACUGAUUUCCUCAUGGGUGGAGUUUCUGCUGGUUUCUCAAAGACUGCUUCUGCUCCUAUCGAGCGUCUUCUUGCUCUUGUCUGGUGGUUCCUCGUGUUCUUUGUCUACUCAUUGGACUAUGCAUGUACCCGUAUUGAAAAUGAUGCCAAGGCUGCAAAGAAAGGAGGCGAGAGACAGUUCAAUGGUAUGAUUGAUAUCUACAGAAAGACACUCACUUCUGAUGGGGUUGCUGGACUAUACCGUGGUUUGUACUUCGGAAUGUAUGACUCCUUAAAGCCUGUUCUCUUGACUGGAGGACUACAUGGUACAUGA